CAUGAAUUCAUUACUAAAGGAGAAAAAGUCAAAGAUAGCGAGGUUUCCAUUUCAAUACUUUUUCUUACAUUACAUAUAGUGCAAAAAGCUUAUUGCAGAAAGGAAAGGCAUUUUGAUUUUUGUCCAAUGGCUGCUGGCGCUUACACGGCUGCCGGUGGUUCGCCGCUGCUCCAAUAUCGGAACUCAUCAUACCUCCACGUCAGAUUCAAUUAUUUGGUGCGUGCAUCACAACCGCCAACACAGAUGAGGCCUGCUCUGUCGAGCAACAAGGGAAGCAGCAACUCCAUAACUGAGAAAACAAGUUUGAUUAUGAAAGAUUACAUGGAAUGGAGCAAGGAUAUGAUUGGCUCCGGUGGGCCACCAUGCUGGUUUUCCCCCUUGGAAUGCGGUCCACCUGUCAAAGACUCCCCUCUCUUGCUCUACUUACCAGGGAUUGAUGGUAUUGGACUUGGCCUUAUAAAGCAUCACAAAAGACUUGGAAGGAUCUUCAAUAUAUGGUGUCUCCAUGUUCCAGUUACAGAUCGAACAUCGUUCUCAGACCUGGUGCACCUGGUUGAAGCAACUGUUAGGUCAGAGAAUCACCAUGCACCAAGACGUCCCAUCUAUCUUCUUGGAGAAUCUUUUGGCGGAUGUCUAGCACUUGCUGUUGCUGCUCGUAAUCCACAUAUUGAUCUUGCUCUAAUUUUGGCAAACCCAGCCACACGUUUACGGGAGUCUCAGCUGCAAAAUCUGAUAACGUUGUCAGAAGUCAUUCCUGAGCAACUUCAUCCAAGCAUGGUUAAAAUGCUAAGUGUGACUACAGGUGUUCCUGCAAGAGUGGCAGUGGCAAUUCCUGGCAGCGUACACCCUUUGCAACAAGCAGCAGCAGAGUUAUUUCGUGGUGAUGUAGCAUUUUCAUCCUACUUAUCUGUGCUGGCUGAUGUGUUACCUGUAGGAACACUUAUCUGGCGGCUGAAGAUGCUCAAAGCAGCCGCAGCUUUUGUCAGUUCCCGCCUUCAUGCUGUCAAAGCACAAACUCUGGUACUUUCGAGUGGAAAGGAUCGCUUGAUACCCAGCCUUGAGGAAUCUGAGAAGCUUCGUCAGAUGCUUCCAAACUGUGAGAUCCGGAGAUUUAAUAACAGUGGUCAUGUCCUUCUCCUGGAAGCAGACUUUAAUUUGGUAACUGUCAUAACGGGUGCCAAUUUUUAUCGACGUGGAAGACACCUUGACUUCGUCACAGAUUUUGUGCCGCCAAGCACUUCUGAGUUUGACAGCGUGUAUAAACCGUACAGGUGGAUGGAAGUUGCCUUCAACCCUGUGAUGAUAUCAACUCUCGAAAAUGGGAAUGUUGUUCGGGGUCUGACUGGAAUUCCUACUGAAGGCCCAGUCUUACUUGUUGGUUAUCACAUGAUGCUUGGACUUGAACUAGUUCCUUUGGUGUCCUGUUUGUGGAAUGAACAUAAGAUUGUCCUACGAGGCAUAGCACAUCCAUUGAUGUUUAAGAGAGCAAGAGUGGGAAAUAUGCCUGCGUUAUCAAUGUAUGAUGAUUACCGAUUUAUGGGUGCAGUUCCCGUGUCGGCACCUAACUUCUAUAAACUUUUAUCAUCAAAAUCCCACAUGUUGCUGUAUCCUGGGGGCAUGCGGGAAGCUCUUCACCGGAAGGGGGAGGAGUACAAAUUGUUCUGGCCAGAACAGUCUGAAUUUGUCAGAAUGGCAGCUAGAUUUGGAGCUAAAAUUAUACCUUUUGGUUCAGUGGGAGAAGAUGAUAUUGGCCAGAUGCUCCUUGAUUACGAUGACCUGAUGAAGAUUCCCUAUUUCAAGGCUGGCAUAGAGGAGUUAACUGGUCAAGUGGAGAAGCUAAGAAAUGACACUGAAGGAGAGGUUUCAAACCAAGAUGUACAUCUUCCAAUCAUUCUUCCAAAAGUUCCUGGUCGUUUUUACUUCUACUUCGGCAAGCCAAUUGAAACAGAAGGGAGGAAGGAGGAACUAAAAAGCAGGGAGAAAGCACAUGAAUUAUACCUGGAAGUGAAGUCUGAGGUUGAGAGAUGCAUUGGUUACCUGAAGGAGAAAAGAGAAAAAGAUCCGUAUAGGAGCAUCAUGGCCCGCCUCCCUUACCAGGCUAGCCAUGGCUUUGAUUCUGAAGUUCCCACAUUUGACCUAUAGUUAUUUUUCACAUAUUUAAUUCUUUAUUUCCCCUGGAUAAAAUGUGCACCUUCUUGACAAAAAAAUAAAAUAAUAAUAAUGAUAAUGCCCACCGUUUUCUCUCUC